CAAAAAAAAAAUGAAUCGCACACAGAAAUACGAGAGGUAAAAACUUACAAUUUUAAAUGCAAAAACUUCAGUCAAAAUGAGUCAUAAAAAACAAGCAGUGAAAAAGAUUAAAUCUCUUUGCUAUUUAACUCUUGGAGGUUCUGUGGCUUACCAAUGCAUUUAUUUCAAAAAAGAUUUUGUUGGUUAUUAUGACAAAGUUUUACAACCCGCAAGCCAGCUCAUUAAUCCAGAAUGGGCUCAUAAAAUCGGCGUGGCAGCAAUUAAAUUUGGCUUAUUCCCACCUGAGGACUUUGAAGAUCCAAACAUUUUGGAAACAAAAUUUCUUGACCAUUAUUUAAGCAAUCCUAUAGGAAUAGCGGCAGGAUUUGAUAAGCAUGGAGAUGCAGUUAUAGGCCUAAGAAACAUUGGAUUUUCAAUUAUUGAAAUAGGUUCUGUCACACCUGAGGCUCAACCUGGAAACUCAAAACCACGUGUUUUUAGAUUACCAGAAGAUAAAGCAGUUAUAAAUAGAUAUGGUUUUAACAGUGAAGGCCAUGAUCAAGUACACAAAAAAUUGCAUAAUAUAGAUAAAACUGCAUUAAAUAAAGGAUUACUAGGAAUUAAUUUAGGCAAAAAUAAAUUAUCUGAAAAUGCUAUUGGAGAUUAUGUACAGGGAAUAAAAAAAUUUGGGAAUAUUGCAGAUUAUUUUGUCAUAAAUAUCAGCAGUCCUAACACUCCUGGCUUGCGAUCAUUGCAAAAUAAAGAUGAAUUGAAAUUACUUCUUACUGAAUUAAAUAAAACAAGAAAUGAGAUGUCUCAUAGCAAAAAUGUACCAUUGUUAUUAAAGCUGGCUCCGGAUCUUACCUUAGAUGACAUGAAAGAUAUUGUAUCAGUUAUCACCAAAAGAGAAAGUCGGGUUGACGGACUUAUAAUUUCUAAUACAACUGUAGACCGGUCAUCUCUCCUAAACAAAGAGUUUUCAUCUGAAGUUGGUGGCCUUAGUGGAAAACCACUGACAAAUAAAUCAACAGAAAUGAUCAAACAAAUGUACAAACUUACUAAAGGACAGAUACCUAUUGUAGGUGUCGGAGGUGUAUUUAGUGGUAAAGAUGCAUAUGAGAAAAUCUUAGCAGGUGCUAGUGCAAUACAAAUAUACACCGCUUUAAUAUACCAUGGGCCACCUAUUGUAACUAAAAUUAAAACAGAAUUAGCAGAAUUGCUUGAAAAAAAUGGCUAUAAAAAUGUUAAUGAUGCUGUGGGUAAAGGAUUAAAAUAAUAACGAAAUUAGUAAAUAACAAUUUAAUAAUUAUUUUUUAUAGAUUCUCUUAAUACAAUAAAUUGCUAAAAAAAUACACUUAAAAUAAAUAACAAUGUUUUAAUAUUAACAUGUUUCUCUCAGUUAAGGGUUAUAGGUAGCAGCAAAACCACAGGCAUACAUGUAUAGGUAGAUGUUUUUGUAUUUAAAAUUGCUACUGCACAGGCUUCCUUGCCUGUAGUUAUUGCUGAAGAAGUUUUCUGGGGUGUAUACAUUUAUACAUUUAAAAUGUUGUGAUAGAGAAAAGGUAAAUAUGUACAUAAUAUUUUGCUUUUAUUGCAUUUUAUUUGGAUUUUUAAUCUUUCACAUUACAUUUAGGGAGCUGUAUUUUAAGGUAAUUUUUACAUUCUUUAAGAUCAGCAACACUAUGUAAAUCAAACAGAAUUAACUCUUGUAGUUUGCUUAGUAUUUUCAAUUCUUUGACUCCAUCAUCUGUCACACUUGGGCAUUUAGAAACUUGUACAUGAAGUAAUGUAUCCUUGCCGUUUGAGAGUCCUCUAAUAGCUCUGUCAUCUAUAUAUUUGUCAUUGUGUAAAAUUACUUUUUCCAGCCUGCUGCAACCUCCUAAAACAUAAUUAUUCUUUCAGACAGGUUUGUUAUGACAUAAUUGAAAAUGUGAAGUAAUACAAUUUAAUACAAUACAUUACUUAAAUGAGGAAAUCCAUAGUGAGAAAUAGAAGAGUCUGACCCAUCAAUUUCAAUUAUCUUGGGUACACUCUGGUCUUCGGGUGGUAAAUUAUUAUAAUCUGCCAAUCUUUUCCCAUCAGCCCAAACAACUUUGCCACCAUUACGAAGUACCCAUUCUGCACAGGCUCGAUCAGGGCCCACUUUUUCGAUACGUUGUGGGUCUGGCUUAUUAAACAUCAUAUUAACAUAUUCCCAAAAAUUUCGCUGUUGAUUAACAGUUCUUGGAAUUAUUUGUCGGCUAAAGCAUGCAGGGCUCUAAAACAGUGAAAAUAUUAAUUAGUCCAAGUAGUGGGUGGGUGGUUACUGUAGUUGAGAUAGCUUUAAACAAAUAUUUAUAAAUAUAGGUAGGCAUUUUUUUUUAUAGUUAUUAUUUGUGGUAGAUCAUUCAUUCUCUUUUAAUACUACAUUUAAUACAUAGCAACUAACUGUUAUUAUUCUAAUAAAGAAUAGAAAAAAGACAUUCAACUGCACAAUAGGUACGUACCUAUUG